AUGGGCUGCUGCGAAGCAAGAGACUCUCCACCUGCUGAAACAAUUAAACCUAAUUCUAAAGACAAUGCCCCAAUUACCAGAACCCCAAAGCAAUUUCAAGGCAAACAUGAGUCUAGCUUAGGAUUUAAUCUGACUGAAACAGAAGAAAUUAUUGACGAUAGAGUUGAAGAAAUUGUAGAGUAUUGGGCUUCUUUGAAAAAGGAUCCAAAGUGGCUUUCUAUAAUUCAAACGGAACAUAUUAUGGUAAAAAGGCUGGAAGGCUCAAAAUACUGCGAAAACCUGCCUGUAUUUUAUUCCAAAAUUUAUUUUGACAAAUAUGUGACCCCAAAUAUCAUUAUAAAACAGCUGAAUGACGCAAAAGAAAGAAAAAAGUGAGAUAAAUCUAUGGUUCCAUGCCAAAUGACUGUGAAAAUUUGAUAGUGCGACAUCUCCUAGGGAAAAAUUUGUUCGAAUCGUUUUUUUAUAGUGAGACAUUGACCGAAAAAACCGUUAAAUUUCGUCCAAAUGGGAACACUAUUUACAAAAUUUUCGAUCAAAAGUACUUCGGUGAAAUGCACACUAUCAAAAAGGCACUAUCAUUGAACCUGUACCCUAAAUCUAUAACAGAUAUAGAAAACAUCAGGGAAAAUUUAGAUGAAGUCAUUGUGUAUACUUAUAUUUCAACUUUCGGGUAUAAAGGUGAUUUUUUAGAAAAGAAAACAAUUUUGAAAAAGGAUGACCAUGUAGUAAUAGUCACUUAUUCAAUUGCAGAUGAUUCUAAGCCACCUCUUGACGGGGUUAGUAGAGGGGAAACAUUGAUGACAGUCCAAAUUAUAAAAUAUAAAAAUGAUAGAACUGUUAUGACUAUGAUUACCCACCAGAACUACAAAGAUGUGUUUGCGUCACUUUUCAGUUAUCUAAUAUAGAGGUUUCCUCUAUAUAGCGCUGAAAGCGCAGACAUUUUCCCAGGAGCUUUCCAAGUUCGUCGGACCAAAUCGCUUUUUGGUCCGACCAAGGCACUGAUUUGGUGCAACCAACCGAUAAAUUCCGAUCAGAAUUUAUCGGCAUUACAGCGCCAAACAUAGGAAACUUCUAUACCUAUGAAGCUGAAAGAAUGGGGAACAGCUUUUAGGAAAAGAGUGCAUAGUUUAGUAUAA